AUGAUCGCCCAACGUGUCGGUGUCGCCGCCAUGCGCAGAGCCGCCUUCAGCCAGAACAUGCCCCGUCUGGCCAUGGCUGCGCGCAUUUCCACCACCCAGGCUCGCCCGAUUGAAACUACCACCCUAUCGCCCACGCAGGGCCAGGACAUCCUCGCCAAGCAGCGUCUACUGCGUCCGAUCGCUCCCCAUCUCGGCAUCUACAAGCGCGCGCAGACCUGGUUCUCCCCCUCGGCCUGGACCCGUAUCACAGGCUGCACGCUCUCCGGCGCCGCCUACGCCUACUUCAUCACCUACCUCAUCGCCCCCCUCGCCGGCUUCCACGUCGAGUCACAGAGCCUGGUCGCCGGCUUCGCCGCUCUACCGUUUGCCGUCCAGGGCCUCGUCAAAAUUGGCCUCGGCUUCCCCUUUGUCUUCCACUUUAUCAACGGUAUCCGCCAUCUAAGCUUUGACGUGCUCAAAGGCUUUACCAAGACGCAGAUUCGCACCGGCGAGCGCGCGAUCCUGGGCGCCAGCCUGCUCGGCACCCUCUACCUCGCCUUUGGCCUGUAA